AAUCAGUUGUGCUCUCCGCCCGGAAAGUCAGCAACAACCUGCCGACAGCGCUACUUUUAAACUCCGCAUCUGAGGAUAAAUGUUUCUUUUUUCUUUUUCUCUGAUGGAUAAAAUGGGAACAACCAGUGAUGAAAAAUGAGAAGGCUGGGAGUAAGAAAACAACUGAAACUUCAUAGUUUUUUAUGUAUAGCUGGUUCGAAGCUGCAGGAAACCAGUAGUGAACCUGGAGCGCCUUAAUGCAAGCCAGCAUCAUGUCCCCAGCCGUGCAUCCUCAUUGUGCGACGUGCCAAGUAAUUAUCACCAGAAAACAGGAUUUUAACUUGCGUGGAGAUUUGGAUUAUUUUUUAUUGCUCCAAGUAUUCUAGAAAAAAUAUCUCCUGAAAAAAAGCUUUAACAUGAACACCUCGGAGUGCCACAACACCUCCUCCAUUGUGACCAAUGUUGACAAACUUUUAACAAGCGCCUUCAUGUUUUUCGCUGGAGUAGUGGGGAACCUGCUGGCUCUCUUCAUCCUCGGGGUGCACCGGAAGGAGCACCGCUCCAGGUCCUCGGUCUUCUGCAUCCUGGUGACGGGUCUGGCCCUUACUGACCUGCUGGGAACCUGCCUCCUCAGCCCACCUGUGUUCACCUGCUACGCCCUCGACAAGUCGCUGAUAAGCCUGGGUGGUGAUGCGCUCUGCAACGUGUUUGGCGCAGCGGUCAUCUUCUUUGCGCUGGCACCGACUCUCAUACUGUGCGCCAUGGCGCUGGAGCGCUGCUUGGCCAUCAGCCACCCAUACUUCUACUCAGUGCAUAUUCGGCGCAACCUUGCCAAAUUCACCCUUUUCUUUAUUUACAUUUUCUCCCUGGCAUUUUGCCUCCUACCAUACAGCGGCUAUGGGCAGUUCAGACAGUACUGCCCCGGGACGUGGUGUUUUGUUAAAAUGGAAGCAGGCAAAGAUGGCUUGGUUCUAGCCUUCUCUCUAUCCUACUCUUCACUCAUGGCGCUGCUGAUCUUCAUUGUGUUCGUCUGCAACGGCUCGGUGAUCGUCAGCCUGUGCCAGAUGCGCAGGAGCCACCUGAAUCGCCGCGGAUCCGUGGUGUCUGUGGCGCGGAAGAAAAGAUUUAACCUGGCCUGGUUCGGGCGCGGGGAAGAGGAGAUGGACCACCUGGUCCUGCUGGCUCUCAUCACUGUCAUCUUUGUGGUGUGCUCCCUGCCUCUCACCAUUGCUGGAUUUAUUAACGCCAUCGAUCCAUUCCCUGAAGGAGACGAAAAAAACCUGUUUGCUUUCCGCUUUUACUCUUUAAAUGCCAUCAUGGAUCCCUGGGUUUUUAUCAUUUGCCGUAAGUCUGUGUUUCGUCACCUUUGUUCUCUGCUGAGCUGCAGAUUUGGCAAAGGAGCCAUGAAGACAACGACACACUGUGCUUUGUCUCUACCGCUUGAUAACUCCAUAGCUCGCAACCCGUAAAUAAAGGAGCUGUACUUAAUGGCAAAAUGGACGCCUUACCACAAGCCAGAGGACUCCUUAGCUGGAAGGAUGAAGAACUACAGAAGGAGAGACUAUCUCAUCCAAAUAAAUGGUUUAACUAAUCUCUGAAAUUAAAGGGAUCAUGAAUGUACAGUUUGUAUUCAAAGUCAAAUGAUAUUCUAAAUGUGUUUCAACAUCCUUUAACACUGCAAAAGGGAGUUGUGCCAUACAGCAAAGCCCAAUAAAUUUGUUUAGUUAUGCUUCUAACCAUAUCAAAGGUGCACUUAAAAAAGCAGCGUGGAGACUUAACUUGCAUGGCUGUAUACCAUUGGUCUCCUCACAACCAGCCAUUUCCUGAACACACACACAGUAAGUAAAUUAUGCAUAAUAUCAGUUAAGGGUCACUUGAAGCAUUUUACCUCAUAAUCUAGCCAUCAUCAGGGAUCAGUGACUUUCGCCUUAAGAGUUUAAAAUGUCUUAACC